ACCUCUCCUUUCAAUUUAUGUGACACAUCUUGAAUUGCAAAAGUCAAACAAAUUUAUCUUUGACGGGAGAGGUGGUGAGAAGUAUUGAGAGAUCAAAAUGCUUGCAAGGAAAGCUGGUUUAAUUGCUCUGUUCGAUGUUGAUGGAACUCUAACAGCACCCAGGAAGGAAUGUACUCCAGAAAUGUUGAAAUUCAUGCGAGAACUUAGAAAGGUUGUUACAAUUGGAGUUGUUGGAGGUUCUGAUCUUGUGAAGAUAUCAGAACAACUUGACAAUUCAGUUAUGAAUGAUUAUGAUUACGUAUUCUCUGAAAAUGGACUUGUAGCACAUAAGGAUGGCAAGCUUAUAGGAAAACAGAUAAUGAGCUUGAAGUCAUUUCUCGGAGAUGAGAAGCUCAAGGAAUUUAUCAACUUCACCCUUCGUUAUAUUGCUAACUUGGAUAUUCCAAUAAAAAGGCGGGCAUGUCAAACACUAUUGCUUGGAUCCUCCAAAAAUGUCGCUGCAUCUGUAGGAACAUUCAUUGAGUUCAGAAGUGGCAUGCUAAAUGUGUCGCCUAUUGGGGGAAACUGUAGUCAGGAAGAGAGGGAAGAAUUUGUUAAGUAUGACAAGGUACAAAAGAUACGCGAAACAAUGAUAUCAGUGCUUAGAGGAAAGUUUGCACACCUUAAUUUUACCUUCUCCAUUGGUGGCCAAAUAAGUUUUGAUGUUUUCCCCCAAGGCUGGGACAAGACUUAUUGUUUGAGAUACCUCGAAGAAUUUAAUGAAAUCCACUUUUUUGGUGACAAAACAUACAAGGGAGGAAAUGACCAUGAGAUUUACGAGUCUAAGAGAACUGUUGGUCACACAGUUACUAGCCCGGAGGAUACAAUGAAGCAGUGUUCUGUUCUAUUCUUCAACAAGGAUAAUGGAACUUUAUGAGCUUGUUGCAAUUUUCCAAUACACGUACAAUUGUAUGCUUGUAACCUAUGAACGACAGAAAUGAAUAAUUCCUAUAAAUUCUUAUAUUGAAUUUACUCAUUAAAAUUAUAUAAUUUUAGUUUCCAUACAUUUGAGGUGGGAUGUAUACUUGUGAGUCAUGUGAACCAGAUUCUCUAAGAAAUCCCUUGAGGUGGUCUUGUUUUUGUGAGAUAAUCUAUACUUUUUAUGUCGA